UUCCUUUUGGUCCAGUAGUUGCAUGUUACUAUGCGCUUGCAAAAAUCUGUCACAGCUUCUCCUUUCGGUACCUUGCCAACAGGAGCGAGGAGCGCGAAAAGCCCCGCUCCUGUCGAUAAUCAUCGGAUUGGGAGCGGAGAACCGCUGUGAUUUAAGAGCGCAGCUGUCAGCUAACCAUAGUACUGCUGAUGAAAAAGAAUAGUUUAUUACGAGACGUGACAGGGGGUAUUUGACCAGUCUGUGAGCUGUUUUUCAAUUAAAAGUUCCGAAGGAUGUGGCGGAGUCUGUGCGUAAAGGCGCAUCCAGCGCGCAGAUAUUUACGCGGGCAAACAGAGUUUCCCUUCCAGGACUGGGAAGCGUCAGAAACAGCUGGAACAUGACUUAACAUCUCCUUAACCAUCUUCCCAUAUCUGUAUCCUUUUGCGAUCUUGUUCGUGUUUUGAAAUGCGCGUUUUUUAAAUUAGGACAUCCCUCUGGAUGUGGGAGAGCGAUGGAACAGCUGCAAGAGGAGCUCACAUGCCCGGUCUGCUGUGGAGUCUUCGAGGACCCGCGGAUGCUGCUGUGCUCGCACAGCUUCUGUAAGAAAUGCUUGGAAGAUCUCCUGGAAGCGAACCGAGGUCCGGCUUUCAGGACGCCUUUGAAAUGUCCCACCUGUCGCAAAGAGACCCCUCAUAAUGGCGCAAACAGCCUGCAGAUCAACUACUCUCUGCGCGGGAUCGUCGACAAGUUCAGCAAAAUUAAAGCAAUGCCCAGAACGUCUGAUUGCAAACAACACUGCGGGCAGCCGCUUAAUAUGUUCUGCUCCACCGAUUUGAGGCUCAUUUGCGGAAUUUGCGCAACGACCGACGAGCACAAAGGGCACGACUUCAGCUCCUUGGAGGACGCGUAUGAGCAAGAGAAGGGGGCGUUUGCAGAGCUGCGUCAAGAGGCGGAGAACUGGCACAGCGCAGAUACGCGCUCCUGCCUGGAGACGCUGCAAGGGAGCAAGAAAAAGGCGCUCCAGUCGGUGAGCAGGGACGCGGGGAUGGUGGCUGAAUACUUCGAUAAACUCACCGGAUCCCUCGAGUGCAAAAAAAGCGAGAUCCUUUCCGAUUUCGAAACCCUAAAGCUGGUUGUGAUGCAGGCGUACGACCCGGAGAUCUCCAAACUGACCGCUGCGCUGGAGGAGCACAGCCGCGCUCUGGAGCUGGUGAAGUCCUUCAGGAGGAUCACGGACCCGGUGAGCUUCCUGCAGCAGAUGCAGGAGUUCCGUCAAAAGCUUAAGGUCGUGAAGGAAACCCCGCUGCCCUCUGGGAAAGACAUGGACGUUGGGCCCCAUGUGCGCAACUUUGACGUGAAGAAGUGGGAUUCCCUCAGGCUGGGAGAAAUAGACAAGAUCUCAGUCCCCCAUGAGUGUGGCUCUUACCAAACAGGUGGCGCUGGGAAAACACUGCCCAAAUGGCUAGUUCUGAUUCUGAUUCUCUUCCUGUCAACACUAAUCAUCCUUUUCCUCUCCAUGCAAUACAGUGCAUCCGAUCUGAGUUCAAACAUCCAAGCCUUGAUCAACUAUUACUCCCAAACUGUUCUAUACAUUCAUGAAAUCUGUAAAGAUAUGAUAGACGAGGGCCUGGAACGUAUGUUGCAGGUCAGGAAUGCAGGUCUGCAACAAAUUCAAAGGUUCAUUUCAGCUAUGUAAUGAAAUCGAUCAAAAAGUGCAUCUGGUAAAUAGAAACACUCGAUUGUUUACAUUGUUUACGUUUUAUUUUCCCUAUUAUUCAACCAAAAUGAAGCCUAAAAAACAAACUGAAGCAUAGCGUCAUGAUCAGAGGUUGCAAUAUAGACUUGUAUAACCUGUGAUUUUUUCUUCUUCAAUUUUUUACACUAACGAUUAUUUAUUUUCUACUUGAUUUAAAGAAAUAAAUUUGGGAAAUCACUGUUAUGAUUGUUUUCCUUCAGAGGCUGCUGUAAUGAUGGGAGAAACCCAGCGCUCCACAGUGAUGCUGCAGCCUCUUCAAGGUUACAAACGUUAUGUAACACAGUCCGUGUGAAAUAUUCAGCGGGCUGCAGAGGAAGGUAUAUGAAAACACUGCUCGCUCAUGUUAUUAUUUCAAUAAAACAAACAAUAUCUCUGCAUUUGCAGUCAGAUGUUUAAGCUCAGUUAAUAAUCAAACAUUAGAUCUGAGUUUCUGCAGAUCAGAGAAAAUCAACAGCGCGCAUUUUUAUUUUAACAAAUGCACAUCAAAUUCUAAUUUCUCCCAAUAAACGUGUUCCAUAUGGAGUGAA